GAUUCUUUUUUUUUUUUACAAUUUUACUAUCAGAAAGUUUUCACAUACAGCAUACUUACUCAAUACUUGUGUGCUACCCAAAUUUGCGUUUUCUUUAAAAAACUAACUUUGCUGGGAUCAGAAAGUUGAUUUUUACUUGUAGUAACCUACUCCUAUCAUCGUGUGCUCCUUUGUCACAAGUUAAUUCAGGUGUCAAGUCAAAAAGCUGUUAACAAAAUUUGUUUACAAUCAUGGCCGGCUAUAGCAAUCAGCAAACACAAAAUGCCUUUAAAAACGAUGGAUCCUUCUUAGAAGUAUUUAAACGUUUUCAAGAGCAACAACAACAGCAGCAAUCUCAACAACCGCUUCCAUCCAAAGUAGAAGUAGUUGAAACUCCUUCAUCUGUUGCUUCUCCUGCUGCUUCUUCUGAUACAACUAAAACUGAAAAACGAACAGAAUCUCAAAAAUCAUUACCAAUAAUUGGUAAACGUAAAAACAAAGUAUUAAAGACUGGUAUUGUUAAAAAAGUUAAGCCAGAUGAUGAAAAAAAAUCACCGAAACCUACUGACGCUUGGUCAUUAUACUUAGACGAAGUUAAACGUUAUCAAGAAACAGUUGGUGAACAAGAUAACAAGACUAGACCCCUAGUAAAAUAAUAAAAAAAAAUAUUUAUUUAUAUGUUGUAAAUUAUGUACAUAAUAUAUGUAUGUAUAAGUAAAUUUAUUAAAACUCAUUUAUUAGUUUUUUUAUAAAAAGAAGUAUCACUUUAUGUUUUUUUUUUUUAAUUUUUUGAUUUGGCUAUUGAAAAAUAUGCCUCUAAGUAUAUGUAAAUAUGUAAUUUAAAUGUAUUUGUUUUAUCAUGUAUGUGUACAAACAUUUAAUAUUUCUUUAUUUUUUAUUGAAAUUUUUAUAAAG